CUGUCCUUCUUGACCUCCCAGGAAAGAUCAGAACCUGUUGUCUCCAGUGAACUGCUGGUACUUGCUCCUGAACCAAGUGAGGCGAGAAAGCAAAGAUCACGCCACCCUGAGCGACAUCUAUCUGAACAACGUCAUCAUGCGGUUCAUGCAGAUAAGCGAGGAUUCCACCCGGAUGUUUAAAAAGAGCAAAGAGAUUGCAUUCCAACUGCACGAGGACUUAAUGAAGGUUCUUAAUGAGCUUUACACGGUGAUGAAAACGUACCACAUGUACCACGCGGAGAGCAUCAGCGCGGAGAGCAAGCUGAAAGAAGCCGAGAAGCAAGAGGAGAAGCAGAUUGGGAGGUCGGGCGACCCCGUCUUCCAUAUCAGGCUGGAAGAGAAGCACCAGAGGCGCAGCUCUGUGAAGAAAAUCGAAAAAAUGAAGGAAAAGAGACAAGCAAAAUAUUCAGAAAAUAAGCUGAAAUCGAUUAAAGCCCGGAACGAGUAUCUCCUAACACUUGAAGCAACCAACGCCUCGGUAUUCAAGUACUACAUUCACGACCUCUCCGACCUAAUCGAUUGCUGUGACCUUGGCUACCAUGCAAGUCUGAACAGAGCCCUCAGAACGUAUCUCUCCGCCGAGUACAACCUUGAAACCUCCAGACAUGAAGGCUUAGACAUUAUUGAAAAUGCUGUUGACAACUUAGAGCCAAGGAGUGACAAGCAGAGAUUCAUGGAGAUGUACCCUGCAGCGUUCUGUCCACCCAUGAAGUUCGAGUUCCAGUCUCACAUGGGUGACGAGGUGUGUCAGGUCAGCGCCCAGCAGCCGGUCCAGGCAGAGCUCAUGCUCAGGAACCAACAGCUGCAGUCCCGACUGGCCACACUCAAGAUCGAGAACGAGGAGGUCAAGAAAACGACAGAAGCCACCCUCCAGACGAUCCAAGAUAUGGUCACUAUCGAGGACUAUGACGUGUCUGAGUGUUUCCAGCACAGCCGAUCCACGGAGUCUGUGAAGUCCACUGUGUCUGAAACCUACCUGAGUAAACCCAGCAUCGCCAAGAGACGAGCCAACCAGCAAGAAACCGAACACUUCUACUUCAUGAAACUCCGGGAGUUCUUGGAAGGCAGUAAUCUCAUCACGAAGCUUCAAGCUAAACAUGACUUGCUGCAGAGGACUCUUGGAGAAGGUCAUAGAGCUGAAUAUAUGACUACAAGGCCUCCAAACGUCCCCCCUAAGCCCCAGAAACACAGGAAGUCCAGGCCCCGCUCCCAGUAUAAUGCUAAGUUGUUUAAUGGGGAUUUGGAGACAUUCGUCAAGGACUCAGGCCAGGUUAUCCCUCUAAUUGUGGAAAGCUCCAUCCGGUUCAUUAAUCUCUAUGGUCUCCAGCAUCAGGGGAUUUUCAGAGUGUCUGGUUCCCAGGUGGAGGUGAAUGAUAUCAAGAAUUCCUUUGAGAGAGGUGAGAAUCCUUUGGCUGACGACCAGAGUAACCAUGACAUCAACUCUGUGGCCGGCGUUCUGAAGCUCUAUUUCCGGGGGCUGGAAAACCCCCUCUUUCCUAAGGAAAGGUUUAAUGACCUGAUUUCUUGUAUCAGAAUAGAUAAUCUCUAUGAGAGGGCGCUUCACAUCCGCAAACUCCUCUUGACCUUGCCCAGGUCGGUCCUCACAGUGAUGAGGUACCUGUUUGCCUUCCUCAAUCAUCUUUCCCAGUACAGUGAUGAGAACAUGAUGGACCCUUAUAAUUUGGCCAUUUGCUUUGGCCCGACAUUGAUGCCUGUCCCAGAAAUACAGGACCAAGUGUCUUGCCAGGCGCAUGUGAAUGAAAUCGUGAAGACCAUCAUCAUCCAUCAUGAGACGAUUUUCCCAGACGCUAAAGAACUGGAUGGCCCCGUGUACGAGAAAUGCAUGGCUGGAGGCGACUACUGCGACAGCCCGUACAGCGAACACGGCACGCUGGAGGAAGUGGACCAAGACGCGGGCACGGAGCCGCACACCAGCGAGGACGAGUGUGAGCCAAUCGAAGCAAUAGCCAAGUUUGACUAUGUCGGCCGGUCUGCUAGAGAGCUGUCCUUCAAGAAGGGUGCGUCCCUACUGCUGUAUCACCGCGCCUCUGAGGACUGGUGGGAAGGCAGACACAACGGCAUCGACGGGCUUGUGCCUCAUCAGUACAUCGUGGUGCAGGACAUGGAUGAUACAUUUUCAGACACUCUGAGCCAAAAAGCCGACAGUGAGGCCAGCAGCGGGCCGGUCACCGAAGACAAGUCUUCAUCCAAGGACAUGAACUCUCCCACCGACCGCCAUUCUGAUGGCUAUUUAGCGAGGCAAAGAAAGAGAGGAGAACCACCCCCUCCAGGAAGACGUCCUGGCAGGACCAGUGAUGGCCAUUGUCCCCUCCACCCCCCACAUGCUCUUUCUAACUCCUCAAUUGACCUGGGGUCCCCAAACCUAGCCAGUCACCCCAGGGGUCUGUUGCAAAAUCGUGGCCUCAAUAACGACAGUCCUGAGAGGCGGCGCCGGCCGGGCCAUGGCAGCCUGACCAACAUCAGCCGGCAUGACUCCCUCAAGAAGAUUGACAGCCCACCUAUCAGGAGGUCCACGUCAUCGGGGCAGUACACCAGCUUCAAUGACCACAAGCCACUGGACCCAGAAACAAUUGCUCAGGAUAUCGAAGAGACCAUGAACACUGCUUUGAACGAACUCCGUGAGCUGGAGAGACAGAGCACGGUGAAGCACACCCCCGACGUCGUGCUGGACACCUUGGAGCAGGUGAAAAACGCGCCCACCCCUGCGACGUCCAUGGAAUCUCUCAGCCCGUUGCACAACGUGGCCACCCUCCGGGGCUCGGAGCCCCAGAUCCGCCGCAGCACGAGCUCCUCCAGUGAUACCAUGAGCACUUUCAAGCCGAUGGUGGCGCCCAGGAUGGGCGUGCAGCUGAAGCCCCCAGCCCUAAGGCCAAAGCCCGCUGUUCUUCCAAAAACAAACCCCACCGUGGGCCCCGCGGCGCCUGCCCAGGGCCCCACGGACAAGUCUUGCACGAUGUAGAAAACCCGAGGUCCUGAGGGGAGGGGGUCUGGAGGUGGGGAUGGAUCGGUGACCUGAGUCAGUGAUCGGUGACGUUCCUUCGUCUUGCGCUUAUAACUGGAGAUCUUUGGACUUUUCUAUGUUGUCGAAUGUAAUGCUGUCUGGAACUAGCUAAGUUAACAUGGGCAUUUGUAUUUUGUAACUUUUUUUAAUAACUGGACACAUGUCGUUUUAAAGACAAUAGAAACACUUAGACUUA